UGGACGGGGCGGGGGCAGAGGAACAAGAGAAGCCGUCUUACCUGUGAGCUGUGUGACAAGGUGAUCAUCGGAUACCUGGAGUGGACAGGUGGGCAAACGUUAUGGCAAUGUUCUUCCAACGAUGUGGUUUGACAUGACUGACCCUCUGUAUACAAUAGGAACAAACAUCACUUGACAGUUCUGUGUUUCUGAGAAUUUUACAUAAAGACAUACCUUAUGAAUCGCUGGAAUUACGUUUAAAACUAUUAACGUGAGUAUUUAUGGUUGUCAGAUGUUGAACUCACUGACUUGAAACUUCUGUCUGUCUUUCUGUGUUGUCUCCAGCCCAAGAAACACUACUAUCACGUGAGUAGGAAAAAGAAGAAGUCUGAACCAGAAUCUGAACCAGCUAGUGUCCAGCCCCAGGGGGACUACUCCACCUCCCACCCCCACUACAGAGGGCCUUACUCUGGGUAACCCCACUUCUCUAGCCCCUGGCUCAGCUGAGGCCUGUGGAGAACCAGAGUACUCAGGUACCAACUACCUUAGAAAGAAGCCCCAGUUCUAUAGGAGAAGA